AUGGGUUCCCAAGAUUACAAAUUCGAAGGGUGGUUGGGCCUCGACAGCGAUUCGGCCAACGGAAAGAUGGUUUGGGGAGAGUUCGAGCCGAAGCCCUGGGAAGAGACCGACAUCGACAUCAAGGUCACUCACUGCGGCAUCUGCGGUUCGGAUCUUCAUACCUUGCGAAGCGGAUGGGGACCCACUUUGUACCCUUGCUGCGUCGGCCAUGAGAUCGUCGGCAUAGCUGUCCGUGUGGGCUCCAAGGCGGAAGGCGGUAUUCAAGUUGGAGACCGCGUCGGGGUAGGCGCUCAGUCCGGCUCCUGUGGCGCGUGCGAUGAGUGCAAGAAUGGGAACGAGCAGUACUGCGUAAAGGGCAUGAUCGGGACUUACAACGGCAAAUACCCCAAUGGCGGCAAAUCCUACGGCGGAUAUGCCACCUACAACCGCGCUCCGUCUCGAUUUGUUAUCAAGAUUCCGGAUGAGAUUCCAAGCCACCUGGCGGCACCUAUGCUUUGUGCAGGAGCCACUACUUACGUGCCCCUCAAGAACAACGGAUGCGGUCCUGGAAAGCGGGUCGGCAUCAUUGGACUUGGAGGUUUGGGUCACUUUGCUCUGCUCUGGGCAAAGGCUCUCGGUGCGGACUACAUCGUUGUAAUCGGUCGCAAUUCCAACAAGAAGGACGACGCUUUGAAGCUGGGUGCUGACAAGUAUGUUGCCACGAACGACGAGGAGAACUGGGUUAAGGAGAACUCGCGCUCUGUCGACCUGCUGGUUUCCUCUGCGUCCUCGUCGAAAAUGCCCAUCUCCGAUUACCUUUCUCUCCUCAGGGUCGGUGGCACUUUGAUCCAGCUCGGCGUUCCCGAGGAUGGGCCAUUAUCAGUGCCUGCUAGGUCCUUGAUUCGGACAGGAGUCAACAUUGGUGGUUCCUUGAUCGGCUCACCUAGCGAGAUUCGCGAAAUGUUCGACCUUGCUGCGCGGAAACAGGUCAAGCCUUGGGUUCAGGAGAGGCCCAUGAAGGAUGCAAACCAGGCUAUUGUUGACAUGGAGGAGGGCAAGGCGAGGUACCGUUAUGUGCUGGUCAAUGAGCAGUAG